AUGAGGAAGUUUGCAGAAAAGAAAGGAGGUCUUUGCCUUGCAACUGAGUAUGUUAAUAGGCGUGAUCCUCUUGAAUGGCAGUGUAAAGAAGGCCAUAAGUGGAAGGCUUCAGCAAAGGAUAUUCUUAAGGGAACUUGGUGUCGAAGGUGUAGUACACCAGGCAGAAAACGUGUUAUACCAAGCCAAAAGAUUAUCCCAGUACAAGGACAUAUUACACCAGAACAAAAACGUGCUAUACCAAGCCAAAAGAUUGUCCUAGUACAAGAAUAUAUUACACCAGAACAAGAAUCACCGAAAAUGUAG